AUGCACCGCAUCAUCUGCCUCCUCUCGGGACUCCUCUUCAUCCUCGGUGUGACCCCCACAGACGGCUUUCCCCGGGCAGGCUGGAGCAGAGCUCAUGGUCACGCGCUCAGCUGCAACAGAGCUCUCUGCUGGGUGCCGUGCCAGAACGGCGGGAGCUGCACCUUCCCCGGCAGAUGCACCUGCCCGCCCGGCUGGAUGGGGCGAACCUGCGAGACAGACGUGGAUGAGUGUGCCAGCCAGAGCCACGGAUGCGGUCAGCUCUGCAUCAACACGGCCGGGAGCUACCACUGCGCCUGCCAGGAUGGCUUCAACCUCGCUGCCGACGACAAGGCCUGCCAGCCCCUAGGGCCAGCCCCUGAGCCAGAGUCCUUCAGCCAAGCAGGUUCCCCCAGUGAAAUGAAGGAAGAAAUGCAGGAGCUGAAGGGCAGAGUGGAGGCGCUGGAGCAGAAACUCCAGUUGGUGCUGGCCCCCUUCCACAACCUCAUGCUGUCUGCACCGGAGGACGUCGGCGCAGACCCCAUCAGCCGGCUGUCCCACUCCCUCCAGCAACUGGACAGGAUUGACUCCCUGAGCGAGCAGAUCUCCUUCCUGGAGGAGCGGCUGGAGACAUGUUCCUGCAGGAAUGAGCUCUAG